CACCCUCUCCCCUCUGACACCGAGCCAACAUCCAGGACGCAUGAACUGGGAGAGGGUGCCGGGUUCGAUUCCCCAGCGAGGAAGGAGAGGAACCCAAAAGUUGAGUGGCUCGUCGUGCGCCAUCCCCGCUUUAUGAAUGGCCGGAACAUGGAGGAGCUGCCAUUCGAAAGAGUCAAGACCCGGAGGAGGAAGGGUCACUGCCCGGCCGGUGCACCCCUGGGCGCCAUCGCCUGCGAGGACGAGUUCAACAGCCACGAGCUGGAGGCUCUCUUCCAGAACUACAACCUGAAGCUGGAGCAGACCGCCACCCUCAAAGCGCUGGCGGUGCUCAUCGUGGCUGCGUCGUCGCUGUCCCUGGUGGAGCUGCUGUCCAGCCCGCGUCUCACCUUGUCCAAGGGCUCGUACCCGGUGCACUGCGUGGUAUUCCUGUCGCUCUUCAUUGUCACCAACGUCAAGUACCUGCAGGUGACGCAGCUGCAGCAGAUCGCGAAGCUGGCUCUGCUCUUCAGCUUCACCUUCGCGCUGCUCUGCUGUCCGUUCCCGCUGGCGCUCGGCACGUCGGAGCUGGUGAGCGCCGGAGCCCCGGAGCAAGGCGUGUGGCAGCUCAUGCUGGUCACCCUCGUGGCUUACAUGCUGCUGCCGGUGCGGACGCUGCUGGCGGUGCUGUUCGGGGUUAUGCUGGCUGCAUCCCACUUCAUUGUCAUAGCGACGUCGGUCACGGGGAGGAAACAGAGGCUGUGGAGACCGCUGGUGGCCAACGCCGUGCUCUUCACCAGCGUCAACUUGUCGGGGGUGUUUGUGAGGAUUCUCACUGAGCGCACCCAGAGGAAAGUCUUCCUGCAGGCCCGGAAUUGCAUCGAGGAGAGGCUGAGGUUGGAGGACGAGAACGAGAAACAGGAGCGUCUGCUAAUGAGCCUUCUGCCCAGGAAUGUUGCCAUGGAGAUGAAGGAGGACUUCCUGAAGCCUCCUGAGCGGAUCUUUCACAAGAUCUACAUCCAGCGUCAUGACAAUGUCAGCAUCCUGUUUGCAGACAUCGUGGGUUUCACCAGCCUGGCCUCUCAGUGUACCGCUCAGGAACUGGUCAAACUGCUAAACGAACUCUUUGGGAAGUUUGAUGAGCUGGCCACAGAGAAUCACUGUAGGAGGAUUAAGAUCCUGGGGGACUGUUACUACUGUGUGUCUGGACUGACCCAACCCAAAGCUGAUCACGCCCACUGCUGUGUGGAGAUGGGACUGGACAUGAUUGACACCAUUGCGUCGGUGGUGGAGGCGACGGAGGUGGAUCUGAACAUGCGUGUGGGUCUUCACACAGGACGGGUGCUGUGUGGCGUGCUGGGCCUCAGGAAAUGGCAGUAUGACGUCUGGUCAAACGAUGUCACGCUGGCAAAUGUGAUGGAAGCCGGAGGGCUGCCUGGCAAGGUGCACAUCACACGGACCACGCUGGAGUGUCUGAACGGAGACUACGAGGUGGAGCCGGGCUUCGGACACGAGAGGCACGCCUUCCUUCAGAAACAUCACAUAGAGACCUAUUUCAUCGUGCCAUCACACAGACGUAAAAUCUUUCCAGGUCUCAUUCUAUCGGACAUCAAACCAGCCAAGAGGAUGAAGUUUAAGACCGUGUGCUACCUGCUGGUGCAGCUGAUGCACUGUAGGAAGAUGUUCAAGGCUGAGAUCCCUUUCUCUAACGUCAUGACCUGUGAGGAUGACGACAAGCGGAGAGCUCUGCGGACCGCCUCUGAGAAGCUGAGGAGUCGGACGUCCUUCUCAGCAACCGCCGUGCAGCACUCUCCGGGAACACGAGUCAAUCGCUACAUCGGGCGGCUCAUCGAAGCGCGGCAGACCGAGUCGGAGACAUCAGACCUCAACUACAUCACCCUGUUCUACAGGAGCAGAGACAGGGAGCGCAGGUAUCACCAGGUGUACGAUGACCAUUUCAUCAGCGCUGUGGUUCUCUCUCUGAUCCUGGCUGCUCUGUUUGGCCUUAUCUAUUUGCUAAUGAUCCCACAGGGGAUGCUGGUGCUGCUGUUGCUUGUGCUGUGUGUCUGUUUCCACGUGGCCUGUGUCAUGUACCUGCAUCUCACCAGUGUUCAGUGCCAACCAGGCUGCCUCACCAUCCAGAUCCGAACGGUUUUAUGUGUCUUCCUUGCUCUGCUCACUUACUCUGUAACCCAGACCUGUGUGGUCGGAUGUGUUCCCUGGGGCAGAUUUGGCACAAACUCCACCCGCUCCGUCGACGUCCCUGCAGGCGCCCCUCUGGGGGUUGGACCCCUCAACAGCACGGCGGCUGAUAGAGCUUGUACCAACAUGGCGUAUGCACUGCUGUCCUGUGUGGCUGGCACCCUCACUGUCGUCCCCUACCUCCGAGUCUCCUCACUUCCUAAGAUCCUCCUGCUCUUCCUCCUCUCCAUCACCUACACGGUGGUGAUGGAGACCAGCGGCUAUCGACAAGCUGUGGGUGGAGGGUUUCUGCACACGCGUGGGUAUGAUCCUGUGUUGGCUGUGUUGCUGUUUUGUGGAGCUCUGGCGCUGCAUUCCAGACAGCUGGACCUGAAGCUGCGGCUCGACUAUCUCUGGGCUACUCAGGCGGAGGAGGAAAGAGGAGACAUGGAGAAGGUGAAGUUGGACAACAAGAGGAUCUUGUUCAACCUGCUCCCGGCUCAUGUGGCUCAGCAUUUCCUCAUGUCGAACCCCAGGAACAUGGACCUGUACUACCAGUCUUACGCUCAGGUUGGAGUUUUAUUCGCUUCCAUCGCCAACUUUAACGACUUCUACAUCGAGCUGGACGGGAACAACAUGGGCGUCGAGUGUCUCCGGCUGCUCAAUGAGAUCAUCGCUGACUUUGAUGAGCUGAUGGACAAGGAGUGCUACAGAGAUAUUGAAAAAAUCAAGACCAUUGGCAGCACAUACAUGGCUGCUGUAGGGCUGGUUCCUACAACUGCCUCCAAGGCAAAGAAAUCAAUCACCUCACAUUUAUGCACAGUGUCCGACUUUGCCAUUGAGAUGUUUGAUGUCCUGGAUGCCAUCAACUACCAAUCAUACAAUGACUUUGUCCUGAGAGUAGGUAUCAAUGUGGGACCGGUGGUGGCCGGAGUGAUCGGAGCCAGAAGACCUCAAUAUGACAUCUGGGGAAACACGGUGAAUGUGGCCAGCAGGAUGGACAGCACAGGUGUACAGGGGAAGAUUCAGGUGACAGAAGAUGUUUAUCGACUGAUCACAGAUUACUACAACUUUGUCUGCCGUGGCCAGGUCAGUGUUAAAGGCAAAGGUCAGAUGCUCACAUACUUCCUGGAGGGGCGUCGACCGGGAACCCGGCCAGUUCAGAGCCCGCAGCAGCAGCAGUCCAGCAGCUCUGAGCGCCGGUCCAGUGCUUUUAACCACGGCAAUGUGUGCACCAGACUGAGCCCCGGCCCCACCGUCACCACCUACGCCUCCAUCAGAACCCCGAGCCCCAGCAACACCAAACCCACCACCUCCACCAGCACCUCCAGGUACCUGCCCUCAGUCCCCACAGCCAUGGUGUGAUGGGCAUCUCCAAUGCGCCAUAAAAGACGAGGAAAUGACAGUAGACAUGAGCAACAAGUAUGGUUAGCUACAAGUUAGCUUUAGCUUAUUUAAGCUUGUUGAAAAAGGAAGUAGAGCUGCUCUUCUUCUAUGGUUUGUGGGAUGCAAAGGGGCUGAUCGUCCAAUGGAAGGCCUGGAUUUGGGUCUGGACUGUGUUCAGGACUGAUUUUGGCAGUCUAAAGUGGAUCAGACCCUCACGCACAAAACUGACUUUGAUACAGGAUGCUUUAGCCACGUUGCUCUGCAAUCAACCACCGUCCUCUCCAGGAUUUCAGAGCCGACUACUAAAACCUGCAUCCACAACAGUAAUAACCUGCAUCAAAAUAAAACUGAUAGUGUAGCACGCAUCCGUAAAAUUCCUUUAAUGACUUUAGCUGACCCUUUUCUCUCAGUGUAAAACCAAAACAGUGCUGUUGCCUUAGCGACCACUCCUCACAUUGAGUUUCUUGCCAUUUGUUCUGUUGCCUUUUAGAUCUUUUAUUGAUUUACUGGACAGGAAAACUUACCUAUAUAUUUAAAAGCCAAAUGUAUAAUUGUAAAUGGCAGUAAAGGGUACAAAGUUGCCAAAAUACGACAGGGCAUUGCCUUCAGUUAUGUCCAGGUUGGCAAUUACGUUUACUUUUUUCGCGUUUCACUUUAACCCUCACGGCACAUGAGGUGGAUUCUUCUUGAUCCCCUGAGCCGAGCCGCUCAGCGUCUUUAAGUGCAUGAUGCCACUGCUGCAUUUCAGUCAUGUUUGCUGUCUGUUUCCCUGUGAUGCUUGACUUCCAGAUUCUUCCUUGUCUAAAAGUGUAGCAAUAAGAAACGUUUUUGUCUCCUGCUCAGGCCACGUUUACACAAAACAAUCAACUGAAAACUGAACCGAUUCUCAUUUAUGUUCCCAAAAAAGUUCGUCAGUCAAACAGCAUUAUGCCAUGUACACCAAUGCACAAAAACAUGGAAGAUGUUGCAGUAUGCAUGCCAGAUCAGGUCAGAUCUUGGCAGAAUGACUUAGUAAUGAAAAAACACAAACAUGUUCACUUAGACUUUGCAUUGAUAGCGCCCGGAUUUUAAUCGGUGUCAGACAUCAAGUUCAUGAGUCCAUGAGGGCUAGAGAUCGUAUGAAAAACUCAAUAAUAUGACAUCCUAUAAAAUAAUGAGAAAAAAGCACACAUCUUGUCUGUAUUUGGAAUUUUCUUUACAGUAUAUAUACACUAUAUUGCUAAAAGUAUUCGCUCACCUGCCUUGACUUGCAUAUGAACUUAACUGACAUCCCAUUCUUAAUCCAUAGAGUUUAAGUCAUUGAGUGCUGGCCCUUUUAUAAAAUGGGAAGUGGCUUGUGCCAGCGUUUUUGGCCAUUUUGAG